AUGCUGGCGUUAGUAGUAUUACCAUUGAUGGCCACUGCUAGUUACUUAUCUAAAAGAGAAGAUGCAAAAUAUCAGAAAAUGAUGAAGGAAGCUAAAAGCAAAACAAUUCCUUCUACAAAGGCAAAUGAUCUCUUUGGUGUCGUUGUUCCUUCUGUUAGUAAGCAUAAGGAUGUGGAAACAAAUGAACAUGGUUUAUCAGUUUUGUUAAACACUAAACUAGAAAAACUUGUAGCUGCGUCAGGACAAUAUAAUGGAUCAUCUCGUUUUUCUGCUAAUAGCUUAACCUCUAAAAUAUUCAAAGAUGUUGAUUGUGACAUGAAUUUAACACCAUAUUCAAAACUUGCACUGAUGACAGGGAUAGGUAUAGAUGUGAAAUAUCCAAUCAUAUUGGAAGAACAUAAUGAAGAAAUAAAUUCUUUAAAAAAUAAGGUUAGCCCAGACAAGAAAUUUAAAUUGCUGCCAUCAAUAGCUGAGUUUUCAAACUUAUUACCACCCCUGUUAUCAAAACUACAAUUAAUCGAAAAUUGUCAUCAAUUUGAAAAAUAUACAAGUACUGAUCCUGUUUUAUUGAAUUCAUUUAUCCAUCAACAUUUAAAUGAAAUAAUUUGGAUGGGAAUAUAUUAUUCUAUGAACUACACUAAUUUCAUUUCAUCAUAUCCCAUUGAUGCGGGAUGA